AUGACCUCUGAGGGUCCAGCCUCUGAGGGUCCAACCUCUGAAGGUCCAGCCUCUGAGGGUCCAGCCACUGAGGGUCCAACCUCUGAGGGUCCAACCUCUGAGGGUCCAGCCACUGAGGGUCCAACCUCUGAGGGUCCAGCCACUGAGGGUCCAACCUCUGAGGGUCCAACCUCUGAGGGUCCAGCCACUGAGGGUCCAACCUCUGAGGGUCCAGCCACUGAGGGUCCAACCUCUGAAGGUCCAGCCUCUGAGGGUCCAGCCACUGAGGGUCCAACCUCUGAGGGUCCAGCCACUGAGGGUCCAACCUCUGAGGGUCCAGCCACUGAGGGUCCAACCUCUGAGGGUCCAGCCACUGAGGGUCCAACCUCUGAAGGUCCAGCCUCUGAGGGUCCAGCCACUGAGGGUCCAACCUCUGAGGGUCCAGCCACUGAGGGUCCAACCUCUGAGGGUCCAGCCACUGAGGGUCCAACCUCUGAGGGUCCAGCCACUGAGGGUCCAGCCACUGAGGGUCCAACCUCUGAGGGUCCAGCCACUGAGGGUCCAACCUCUGAGGGUCCAGCCACUGAGGGUCCAACCUCUGAGGGUCCAGCCACUGAGGGUCCAACCUCUGAGGGUCCAGCCACUGAGGGUCCAGCCACUGAGGGUCCAACCUCUGAGGGUCCAACCUCUGAGGGUCCAGCCACUGAGGGUCCAACCUCUGAGGGUCCAACCUCUGAGGAUCCAACAUCUGAGGGUCCAACCUCUGAGGGUCCAACCUCUGAGGAUCCAACAUCUGAGGGUCCAACCUCUGAGGGUCCAAUCUGCCAAUCACAGACACAGUUCCAUCCUCCUGUACAGCUCAUGUCUCUGUCUGGUAUGGACCCCCCCCCAUCCAGGACCUGCACCGGUCCAGGGUCAGGAAGUAGACCCCUCUACAGACCCUCCCCUCUGCAGACCCUCCCCUCUACAGACCCUCCCCUCUACAGACCCUCCCCUCUGCAGACCCUCCCCUCUACAGACCCUCCCCUCAGCAGACCCUCCCCUCUGCCGACCCUCCCCUCUGCAGACCCUCCCCUCUACAGACCCUCCCCUCUGCAGACCCUCCCCUCUACAGACCCUCCCCUCUACAGACCCUCCCCUCUACAGACCCUCCCCUCAGCAGACCCUCCCCUCAGCAGACCCUCCCCUCUACAGACCCUCCCCUCAGCAGACCCUCCCCUCAGCAGACCCUCCCCUCUACAGACCCUCCCCUCUGCAGACCCUCCCCUCUACAGACCCUCCCCUCUGCAGACCCUCCCCUCUACAGACCCUCCCCUCAGCAGACCCUCCCCUCUACAGACCCUCCCCUCUACAGACCCUCCCCUCAGCAGACCCUCCCCUCUGCAGACCCUCCCCUCAGCAUGGCAGACAGAAAAUCAAACAUAUGUUGAAGUGAAACUCAGACAUUAUUAA